GAGCGCCGGCUGCCCCGCAGGCGGGCGGACGAGGGAGGCAACCAUGCUCGGCCCGGACGACGGCCUCUCGCUGACCAUUGCCCAGAUCGUGCAGAGGCUGAAGGCCUCGGGGCUCCACUCCCAGCUGGAGCGACAGGCCCAGCUCAGUCUACACAGACCGGAGAUUAAGUUAGAAUCCCUGAAGGAAGAUAUUAAGGGAUUUCUGAAGACAUCAGGAUGGGAAAAGAAGCUGCAAAACGCUGUUUAUAGUGAACUCAGUGUGUACCCUUCACCAUGCCAUCCGUUAGCACCUCCUGAACACAUAAAGGAAUCUUUGGCUUACAUGAGGAAAGCCCAGGGAAACUGGGAAAAACGCAUCCUGAAGAGUCUCAAUAGUAUGUGCACAGAACUCGGCAUUCCGUUAGCACAGAAGAGAUCAGUGAAUGAGCAGAAUGAACUUCUAAAUAAAUGGAAUGAAAUGGGAACAGAUGAGCCAGACUUAAGCCUUUUCCGGCCCGUUUAUGCACCUAAAGAUUUUCUUGAGGUAUUGAUGAAUCUUCGCAAUCCGAAUUAUGAAAACAGCGAACAACCUAGUUUCAGAAACCACUUGGGGUUAAUUCAGGUUCCACUGAAAGUGAAGGACAUUCCUGAACUGAAAGAAUAUUUCAGUGAACUAGACUUAAACACGGGUCAGCUGGAUAUUGAUGAUUCUGCACAAGUCCCUCCAGAACUCUUUGAAAACGAACAUAUACGUAUUGGCCAAAAAGUUUUAACAGAGCAGGAUAGUGCAGCUGCCCGACAAUACAUCCGACAGGGAUGCCCGACUUCACUUCGAGCUGAGUUGUGGGCUCUAAUUCUGAAUGUUUCCAAUCAGCCAGAGGAUGUUUUGUACUACGAACAGCUAAAAUCUAAUGUGAUUCUCCAUGAUCUUUUGGUGGACAGCCUGAUUUAUAAAGACGUGAAACUGACAGCCAGCAAUGACGACUAUUAUUUUGUGUUUGAAGAUUAUUUGUAUCAGGUUUUGCUGUGUUUUUCUCGAGACACCUCGGUGCUGCAGCACUUUGCAUACAACAGUGCAACCCCACCCAAGUCAUACAUUCGAGGGAAACUGGGAAUGGAAGAAUACGCUGUCUUUUAUCCACCAAAUGGUGUGAUCCCUUUCCAUGGUUUUUCAAUGUAUGUUGCUCCACUUUGUUUUCUGUAUCCUGAGCCUUCCAAGCUAUAUCAGGUGUUCCGUGAGAUAUACGUGCGUUAUUUCUUCAGGCUUCAUUCCAUAUCUUCUCAUCCUUCGGGGAUUGUAUCAUUGAGUUUGCUGUUUGAGACCCUUCUCCAAACGCAUCUACCACAGCUGUUUUAUCAUCUGCGAGAAAUCGGGGCACAACCCCUCCGAAUAUCGCUCAAAUGGAUGGUUCGAGCCUUCUCUGGUUACUUAGCCACAGAUCAGCUCCUGCUUUUGUGGGACAGGAUUUUGGCAUAUGACUCUCUGGAAAUUCUUGCAGUGCUGGCAGCUGCUGUGUUUGCUUUCCGAGCAGUGAAUCUGAUGGAGGUGACAUCACUGGCUGCCGCUGAAGCUGUCCUCGCUGAUCUUUCAACUCUGAAAGUUAUGCCUCUUCUUCAGAUUUUUCUGUUUGCCACCGGGACUUGAUUCUCCCCAGAGCUGCUGGACUGCAUUGCUAGACUUUCAUCAGAUGCUAAUAAUAAACUAUGCAACAUCUUAAUGAAAUCAAAUGCAAACUAUAUUGCCACGAAUA